AUGACGUCUCAGGAUACAAGACCCCUACCGUUCGUGUACCAGUUUAUUUCUGGGGCCGUUGCCGGAAUCAGUGAAAUUCUCUUGAUGUAUCCUCUUGAUGUCGUGAAAACUCGUCUUCAACUCCAGGGUCUCUCCUCCAGCCCUGCAAAGGCGGGGGCCGCCACCACCACCACCCACUACACCGGAAUCAUCGAUUGUGUCACCAAGAUUGUCAAACUCGAAGGCCCUUCUCAUUUAUACCGGGGAAUUUCCGCCCCAAUUAUCAUGGAGGCUCCUAAGCGGGCUACGAAAUUCGCCGCCAAUGACGAAUACUCCAAACUCAUUCCAAAACUCCUCGGUUACCCCCAAAUGAACCAACCGUUGGCGAUCCUCACCGGGGCCUGUGCUGGGGCCACCGAAUCGUUUGUGGUGGUACCGUUUGAAUUGGUCAAGAUUAGAUUACAAGCCCCUGGGGGACCCCGGUACUCUGGUCCAUUGGACGUGGUGAAAAGUAUUGUCGUCAACGAAGGAGGGAUCAAAUCUUUAUACACCGGAUUAGAAGCCACUCUUUGGAGACAUGUCAUGUGGAACGCCGCGUAUUUUGGAUCGAUCCAUCAAAUACGCUCGUUGAUGCCAAAGUAUGAAGGUACUAAAAAAACCAUCGCCGAUCUUAUCAGUGGGAGUAUCGGAGGGUGUGUUGGUACCAUUUUGAAUAUUCCAUUCGAUGUGGUGAAAACCAGAAUUCAAAACCAAGUGAAAACUGAAGGAGUCAAACCAAAAUACGUGUGGACCUUACCAGGUUUAGCAAUCGUGUAUCGUGAAGAAGGCCCGAGAGCGUUAUUCAAAGGAUUAUUACCAAAAGUUUUAAGAUUGGGACCGGGAGGUGGGGUCUUACUCGUGGUUUUCACCAAAACAAUGGAUUUUUUCAGAGGAUGGCAUUAUGGAAAUGACGAGGUCAAAACAAGAGAAGAAAAGCCUUUCAAAUAA